UGAAAAUCAUAUAAAUCUAGGACAUCAGCUGUGCUGUGGGUUUAUUUUAACCGUGUAACACUGUACCCAACCAUAAUAAAAACAAUGGAAAAGAGCGUUUAUUGCACCUUCGAUAAGAAGUAGUAGUUUAUAAUCUGUGGAGGCACGAUGGGGAGCGAAUUUGACAGGGUGCUGAUAAGGUGCAGCUAAUAUCUACGCGAUUACCUUUAAAAACAAGCGCUGCAGCUCACCGCUCUCAGUACCAAAUCGCCUUCCAUUGGAAUUGGUUAAUCAAGCCAGAAUGCAUUUCGGAGUUUUAGGCAGCGGCAUUAUAGGUCUUACGACCGCCUUGGAACUUCAAAAAGAGUUUCCCACGGCUCGGGUUUCUGUGAUUGCGGAUCGCUUUAACGAGGAUACGGUUAGCUAUGUGGCUGCUGGCAUCUUUAGACCGGGCACCAGCUUCAUGGGCCCCACCCAGGAAAUUACGCAACAGUGGAUGACAGAUGCCUUCAACUACUGGGAUGAGCUGCGUCGCUCUAAGGAGGCGCCUUUGGCUGGCGUGUGCCAAUUGUCUGGCUAUAUCUACUCCCGCACCUCACCCUCCAUCGUUCGGAACCACUUUAUUGAGAAGCUACUGCCCGUUUACCGAAGGGCCACGGAGGAGGAACUGAAGCUGUGCCACGGCGGCUGGAAGUAUGGAUCAUUCUUCACCACAUGCCUUACGGAAAGUCGCCUCUUCCUGCCCUAUGCUACAAAUAAAUUCCUGGAGAACGGAGGCGAGGUUGUUCGUCAGCAUGUGAAGAACUUUUUCGAGGUGCCACAGAACUUCAACGUGCUGCUCAAUUGCACCGGAAUGGGAGCUAAAGAGUUGUGCGCAGACCAGCAUCUAGUUCCUAUCCGAGGACAGGUGCUCAAGGUGCGGGCUCCGUGGGUGAAGACUGCUUUCUACGGCGACUACGAUACCUACAUCCUGCCUGGAUUCGAAACAGUUACUUUGGGAGGAUGUCGCCAGUUCGAUAGCUACAAUACGGAAUGGUGCAAGUACGACAGCAUGGCCAUCCGGGAAAGGUGCUACGACCUUUUGCCUAGCCUUCGGAAGGCGGAGAUAGUUCGAGAGUGUGUUGGUCUGCGUCCACACCGCUCUGUGGUGCGGGUGGAACCCGAACUGAUUACAAAUGUGGAGGGCAAGCGGCUAAAGAUUGUCCAUAACUAUGGACAUGGCGGAUACGGUGUGACUACGGCUCCUGGAACGGCCAAGUACGCCGUUGGAUUGGUUCGUGAUCUGCUUGCCGGAAACAGUAAACUGUAGGUGGUAAAUUCAUUGUUAAUUGUUGGUCAUUAAAAUCUUUAUACGUAGAAUCUUUGAACCUAGA